AUGACUUUGAUGGUCCGACGUAUGACACGGUUCUGUGUCAUCGUAAAUGGCAAAGAAGUCAUUUCUCGCAUUAUCGCUGCAUGUGCUGAUCUAGGCUUUCUUCCUACGGAGAAAGCUAACAAUAUGCUUCUCAUCACAUAUCGUGAUAUGUCCUUCAUGGUCACAGUAUACGAAGUUCCAACAAAGGUCCUUGUAGACUGCAGGAGGUCACGCGGGGACGGCCUAGAGUUCAAACGUGCGUUUUUACUGCUCAAAGCUCAUCUCUCGGACAUCAUUAGCAAGGAUGGUGAAACUUGGAUGGAAAGCCGUGGAUUGACUUGCUCGCAAAAUGCUCAAGUCGCUAGCUGGACAAGGAAUCGAGCAGCAUGA